CACAAAGAUCUUGUGCUUUGGUGUAUAAAUUGAGAACUAGCACAUUUGAAGCAACACAACCUAAAGCUUGUUGUUGAGAAGGUCUAUUGCAGUGCAGGGAUGGCAGGAACUUUCUUUCGUUUAUUUGUGAUUGUUCUUGGUCUUUCUCAUCUUUUAUGCAUGACAGCAGUCCCAGUUACAAGAACUGAAAACCUUAUGCAAGAUGGACAAGGUCACCUAAUGACUCUGGAAAAUAACCCUAAGGUUAUUACUGAGAGAAACUUGCACUUGGAAGAGCCAAAGCCAAGAAUUACUGAGAGGAUGGUUUUGGAACUGAAUGAUUAUGCACCAUCCGGGGCAAAUGGUCGUCACACUCCAAGAGCACCAUAAUGGUGUGCUAGCUGAUUAUGUUAGUUCCUCUAGCUAGUUAGGUACUAUAUAUAUGCAUCCUCUAUGUAGCACAAUAUUAAUUAAGUUAACAUGUGAGAAUGUAUGAAAGUAAGGACUAAUUAAUUAGUUAGAGUUAAAUCAAAUCCCCAUUGUUAGGUAUGGGAUCUUAAUUAGGAACUCUUGUAUGUUAAUUAGCUUCUGCUUAAUUAUGUAUCAUUAAUGUAAUGGUUCAUUGGUUAUGGUAUUUCCAUUAUACUUUA